AUGAGUGUGCUUUGCUUUGCGCGAUGUUGGACGUUGGUGUUCCUCUUUCUUUCGAUGAUCGAGGCGCGUUUUUCGAUGUCCUCGUCGAUCGAAUCGUCGUUUGGAAAAAACCGAAAUCGAGAUGAUUUCGCGACGACGAAUACGAUGACGAUGACGACGAAUGAGGGAAGAACGGGAGAUGGAGAACGCAUUUCGGAGGAGAGAACGAAAACGACGACGAGACGGGAACUUUUGAUGAGUAAAGACAGCGAGUUUGGCGAGAAGAAUAAGCAAAAAACACCAACCUACCACACCAUCUUCAGCACCGAGUGCAACACCUACUUUGACUGGCAAUCUCUGGGCUUGUAUUAUUCGUUCAAGAAGGUGAAACAAAAAGGAGAAAUCACGCGAUUGAUGGCGUGCGAUCAAUCACCUCCACCGGGAUUAGAUAUAGUACCGAACACGCACGUGCACCCGAACUACGCGAAACAUCCAGUGAGCGGGGAUAGGUAUUCGGCGUAUAACAAACCGUAUUCGAUUAUGCACUGGAUGGAACACGCGAAGCCGACGGAGGAUUUUAUCAUCGUUUUGGAUGCAGAUAUGGCGUUUCGGAGGUCGAUGGAUGCAGAUUUGUUGGGGGUGGCGUUAGGGAAUCCCGUGAGCGCGCAUUACGGGUAUUUAGUUGGGAUCUUUCCCAAGAAUCACAUGGGGGUGAAAGCGAGGGUCCCGAACGUAGAAGGCGCGCAGCAAGUCGGCGGGUUCACGGUCAUGCACAGAGAAGAUUUAGAGCCGCUCGCGCCGAGGUGGUUGUAUUGGACAGAACAGGUGAGGAGCGACCCAGAUUCCUGGGCGAAUACCGGGGACGUGUUUAAUCAAAACGGCAAAGCCGGACCGCCGUGGAUUUCGGAGAUGUACGGGUACGUGUUUGCCGCGGCGGAGAGGAAGUUGAAGUUUUCCGUGUCGGAUUCAUUCAUGCUGUAUCCAGGGUAUAUGCCACCAAAAGAUGAAAGGUUUCCAGUGGUUUUGCACUACGGGGUAACAUACAGAAUAGAUGAUUACGCGUUCGAUAAACACUGGUACCAAGGGACGGACAUGACGUCGUGUACGCGAGGACAGAUGUUUGAGAAGCCGAUUACGAUUGGAGAGAUAAGCUCCAGGGAAGGGACAAUGAUGCGACGACGAGAUGAGAUCGCGCUCAUUGUCGCGGAGACGUUGUAUAACAGCACCAAAGAACGGGCGCUUAAAGUGUGCAAGAGAACGGAUCUAGAUUUCAGCAAGCCGAGGCAAAAGUAUGAUUGCUCGAUAAAGGAGAAUAACAUUUUGCGAUGUAAACCGGUGUCUAGGGAAAUGAUUGAACUGAAAAAGAUAGAAGAAAAGCUCCGAGGAGCAAGCGGUGGCAGUUCUUGUAAGGAUAACAACAAUCAGUGUUGCACGUGGGCGAGCACUGGCGAGUGCACGAACAAUCCGAACUACAUGAGCAUGGAGUGUCAGUUGAGUUGUAACUUAUGUCCUAAUACGGGGUGCGAAGACAGUUGUUGCCCGCCGGAGGAGAAGGUGAAGAAAGAGAAGAGUAAUGGUUCGAUCAAGAAGACGAGUGCGACGGCUACGAUUAAAAAGAGCAUCAACAGUGUAGACGAAUACGAUUACGACGCGUCCUCUUCUUCAACUACAUCAUCUUUCGCCUCUUCGGAAGAGAUGGAUAAAGAAGACGAAGAAGACGAAAACGAACUUCGCGAAGAGGAAGCUGAAAUCGAAGAGGAGGCACGCAAGCAAAUCGAGGAAGGCGAGUUGAUCAUUGAAUCGGAAGGGUUGAGAGUAUCGAACGGCUCGAGCAUUGGAGGUUUAGUAUUCGUACUUUUUGUCGCUUUUAUUGUCGCGACUUUUGCGAAAAAAUUGAAUCUCGGCGGUGCGACUAAAAAUCUCACUCCGGAAGCGUUAGCCGCCUACAAGCAAGCAAACUUGGACAGCGAACGAUUAAAAGGAAGGAGAGAAUAA